AUGCACGUCGUCAUUAUCGGUGCCGGUGCGAUUGGUUCAUCGACUGCCUACUUUUUAUCACAACGUGCCAAGAAAAACGACGUGCGAAUCACUGUUAUUGAAAAGACGGGUGUUGCUUGUGCAGCUAGUGGUCGUGCCGGUGGCUUCAUUGCACGCGAUUGGAGUGACGGCACACCUUUAGGACCUUUAUCUCGCAAGUCGUAUCAGUUACAUGGAGAAUUAGCGAAUAGGCUUGGAGGCGAAGCCAAGUAUGGAUAUCGACAUGUCAACACGUAUUCGGCACUAUUACAAAGCAAAAAGAGCAAGAGUCGUCAUGGAUCAGUGCCUGGAGAAGUUGCAUGGAUUGAUCAAGAAAAGGUGCGACGCGUAGAACAGCUUGGCGUACCGAGUAGCACAGCACAAGUGCAUCCUCGUCAAUUUACUCAAACGUUGAUGGAUGCUGCCGUGGCAACAGGAUCAGUGAAACUGAAAUGUGGUCAAGGUGUUGCUCGACUAGCAUACGAGAGUGCAGAUAACAAGGUUGUCACUGGAGUUGUUCUCGAUGAUGGUGAAACAGUGGAAGCGGAUGCAGUUGUUGUAUGUAUGGGUCCUUGGAGUGGUCUUCUUGAGAUGCAAGGUCGUCGUCGUACCAACCAUUUACCUAUUCAUGGUGUGCGUGCGCAUUCAAUUAUCUUUGAGCCGAAUCAACCGGUACCAGCUGAGGCACUUUUCACGGCUGUUAUUGAUGGAUCUCAAUCCCAUGAACCAGAAGUGUAUCCACGACCAGAUGGUACAGUGUAUAUGUGUGGUGCCACGGAUAAUUCCGAUCCAUUACCUCCUUCUGCUGAUCAAGUCAAGGUCAAGGAUAGCGCCAUUGAACAAUUGGAGUUGCUACGUGAAUUGAUUGCGCCAUCGCUAUCGGGGAAAACAACUAUCCGACAAGCAUGUUAUUUACCUAUCUCACGCGACGACAUGCCUUUCAUCGGUGCUCAUCCAUCUCAUUCUCAAUUAUAUCUCGCCACGGGUCAUAGUUGCUGGGGAAUUCUUAACUCGCCUGUCACUGGUCUCAUGAUAAGCGAAUUACUAUUGGAUGGUCGUAUCACUUGCGUCGAAAGAGAAGCAGUGGAAGCUUUUGAUCCAAAAGGUCGAUGUUGA